UCAUAUCAGUAUAAGUAAAGGAUUCAACGAUAAUGUUUAUUUGUACAUCAUAUUUCAUACACAAGGGCAACUCAGUGUGGUUGAUUGAGUAUCAAUAUGUUUAUCUACAAAAUGUUCCCAAAAACUGUUGUUAUUAUGAAUUUAUGUUAAACUGACCCGGGGGCCAGUGAGCAUCUAGUCUUGUCAAGAGGGGAAGAAAAAGUGGGGAAAAACAACUAUUCAAUAAGGGGUGGACAAUGUGAGCAUAAGAUCAUGACACAAUAUUCCAUUAUAAUAUCGCAGUGAAGAUAUUCAUGAUGGUAUUUCACAGAAAUUCAAAGUGAAAGUGUUUCUCUCUCUCUGUUUAAAUCUUGUGUCGCCAAGCAACAUUCCCACACCACACACAGGAAGUCAUUUGAUUUGUGUCGAGAUAGACUGAUGAACUGAUGAUCUAGUACAGCGGCGACUGCUGCAAACAUGUUGGAGUUAAGCCACUUGUGAAAAGGAACCUGGUUGUUCAGCAGUUUGACAACAUAAAUGCUUCAUGUUUUCAGAUGAUGGAGAUUCAGCAAAAACGAAUCAUUUCACAUCACUUCUGUCCACAAAGACCCAACAGAGGCUACUGUGACCUCCUGACACCAAAAGUUGUGCACUGCAGCUUUAAGUGAGUGUCAGUGUGAGUGACAAUCAGGUGGGACAGACAGACACAGGGGGGGACGUAUGACUCGUGAGUUUUGAUUGGGCAGGCUUGACUUUUCUCUCUCGAGACUGACGGGAUUCACCUCAAAGCGUGAUCAUGUUGCAGAGGUGCAUCUUCAAGAGAAUCGCCCAGCCGUUCUUUUCAAGACAUGCAGACCUCACCAAAGCGCUGGUGUCUGGGUUUCCUGAUGCGCUGCAGGAUGGACGAAGAGUUACUGGACACAGGAGCGCAUCGAGUUCACCAGACAUAAGGGAGCGGACUCUCAUAGCUGUGAAGCCAGAUGGAGUUCAGCGCCGUCUUGUUGGAAAAGUCAUUCAGCGGUUCGAGCAGCGAGGCUUCAAGCUGGUUGGUCUGAAAAUGUUGCAGGUGUCUGAGGAUAUCCUGGCUCAGCACUACAGUCAUCUGAGGGCAAAGCCCUUCUACCCAGACCUAGUAGAUUACAUGACCUCAGGACCUGUGGUCAUCAUGGUGUGGGAAGGUUACAAUGUAGUCCAGAGCACACGUUCCAUGGUGGGUCAUACUAACCCAGUUGAGGCUCCACCAGGCACGGUCAGAGGAGAUUUUGGCCUCCAUGUCAGCAGGAAUGUGGUCCAUGCCAGUGAUUCAGUGGAGGGGGCUAAAGGAGAGAUCCAGCUGUGGUUUCAGCGCCAAGAGAUUUUGAACUGGGAAUCCUGUGACCAGGCCAUCAGCUGUGAGCUGUGAAGACUGAGGUGAAAGCCAUGAGAGUCAGUGUGAGCCACUGUUGCCUUUUCUGCUGCUGUGUCCUCUGACAGUUUGACUGCAGUGAUCCACAUCAAUGUCCAGUGCACUUUAGUGUGACUGAAGAAAUCUUUUUUUUUUCAAAAUGUUUCAAAUUUCAAGCCACAUUGGCAACUAUGCAUUUAUAAAUUUAAAAGUCAGAUCUUAUGGCGCCUGAUUUUAGAUAUUGACAGUAGGACCAUCUUUUUUGCAACAUUAAGUGGUCUCUUAGAUAGGAAAAACAACCACAAAUAAAAGUAGACAAUUAAAACAGGUCUACUAAUUUUAACUAUAAGGAAAAUGUUAUAUAACUUUUAAUUAUUACAUGACAAAUUGUAUCCAAUACUUGACUAGGAGUAAUAUGUGCAAUAUUUAAAUAGAAAUUACUUGAAUUUUAACCUCAAACGCUAUUUGAACAUGAUGAUUCUGGAAUGACCAAAUCUGAGAGUUGUCAGCUGUAAAUGAUGAAAUGUGAAUAGUUACUUGAUUCAUUAUAAAUACUUGUUGUUUACACGGGAACAGUCAAAGCAGAACUGAUUCUGAUUUUAUGUCACUUAAAAAAAGGUUUCAGUUGAAAAAAAUGACUUGAGCCUUCAGUCAAGUGUAAAUGAUGAAAUGCUCAUAGAAAAGUGUGUUUUUAAAUGGUAUGUAUGAAUGCUGUGACCUAUGUCUGCGUCUGAUUAAAUAAAUUGAUACAGCAAA